AUGAGCCUCUUCUCCGACCAUUGUUGUACUUCUCCAGCAGAAGCUCUUAAAUUAGCAUUUCCUCGCCUUUUCAAGAUUGCUAUAUGUAAAGGGGCUGCUGUGGCGGAUUCUUACUUGUUUUCUAAUAACAUGUUAAACUGGAAUGUGGAAUUCUCUAGAGACUUACAGGACUGGGAAGUGAGUGAAGCUGCUGAUUACUAUGCUAUCCUUUAUGAUUCUAAGAUUGAUCAGACCAUGGAUGAUAUGUUGCAGUGGACUCAUGAUUCUAAAAGUAGAUUUUCUGUGAAAUCCUAUUACAAGGUGUUAAUUAGUCAUAGUAAUAUAACAUUUCCCUGGAAAUGUAUUUGGAAAGCUAAAGUGCCUAGUAAAGUUGCAUUUUUUGGCUGGUUGGUGUCGCUUGAGAAAGUUUUAACUACCGAUAAUUUGAGGAAAAUGAGCUUUUAUGUGAUGGACUGGUGCGCCAUGUGUAAAAAUGAUGGUGAAUCUGUCAACCAUUUGUUUCUUCAUUGUGAAAUGGCAACAGCUUUGUGGAAUGAGUUAUUCGUCAAGGUAGGUAUCGAUUGGGUAAUGCCUUUUCAUGUGGUGGAAUUUUUGGCUUGCUGGCAAGGUGCAGUUGGAAGUGGACGAAGUACAGAGAAGUGGAGAAUGAUUCCCCUGUGCUUAUUCUAG